AUGAAUCACCUACGGCUCCAGAUAGCCAUCUUGGACGAGAGUAGAAAAUGUGCUGCCGCCAAAGCUGCUGCUGCUGUCAUAAAUUGGUUACAUAGCUCUUCACGACUCUCGCCUGGUGUACAAGAUAUUUGUCUCCUUUUCUUUCUUUCUUGUUUGUUUGCUUUUUCUUUGUCGUUUCUCCCUUUUUCAUUGUUUCUUUCUUUCUUUUCCGUUCUGCCUCUUGAUUCAUUCAUUCAUUCAUUCUUUCUUUCUUUCUUUCUUUCUUUCUUUCUUUCUUACUUCUUUUUUCUUUGUCGUUUCUCCAUUUUUCAUUGUUUCCUUCUUUUCCUAUCUGCGUCUUUCUUGAUUCCUUUUUCUUUCUUUCUUUCUUUCUUUCUUUCUUUCUUUCUUUCUUUCUUUCUUAGCUUUUCCUUUUUCUCAUCCUUUGCCUCUUUCUUUCUUUCUUUCUUUCUUUCUUUCACUUGCGGUUCCUUUCUUUCUUUCUUUCUUUCUUUCUUUCUUUUUCUUUCUUUCUUGCUUUCUUUCUUGCUUGCUUUCUUUUUCUCACUGAAACCAAACAGUGUCUUUGAUAUCCUUCCUUUUCUUUCUUUCUUUCUUUCUUUCUUUCUUUCUUUCUUUCUUUCUUUCUUUCUUUUCUCACUGAAACAAAACAGCGAAUCUGAUAUAUUUCUUUGCUAUCUUUUUCUUUCUUUCUUUCUUUCUUUCUUUCUUUCUUUCUUUCUAUUAGAUUUCUUUGCUAUCUUUUGCUUUCUUUCUUUCUUUCUUUCUUUCAUUCUUUUUGUAUUAGAUAGGUUUCUUUGUCUCAUUAAAUCCAAAUAG